UGGGCCUUUAGCUUUGCAUGGUACUUUCUGCCAACCGAUAUGUAUGUCCUUGCAUUAUGUAAAUGGUUAUUGCUUUUGCACAGCCUGCAUAAUUUUUGUGUAAGCUUGCAGGUAAUUGGCAGGAAACAAGUGUAUAAGUUGGAUGAAAAGGCCUGAAAGGGGAAGCAGUCAUGGCAGAGAGCACAGAAAUUGAGGACCGGGUGGAUCUUGAUGAUGAUAAUUACAUAGAAGAUGAGGAUGAUGAUGUUGAAGAACAAACAGAGGAUGAAACAACAGAGGGAGGUGAAGACAAAAAUGGUAAAGAACAACAGGUGGACUUCAGAAGUCAGGAUAGUGAAAAGGAGCAAUCACCGGAAGCAGAUAGAAGACACAUUUUUGCUGUGCCUUUGAAAGAUGAAGAAAAGCCCGCUUCUUCAAUCAGUGAUGAUGACAAAAAGAAGCAUGCUGAACUUCUUGCUCUUCCUCCUCAUGGUUCUGAAGUUUUUAUUGGUGGCCUUCCUCGAGAUGUUUCAGAAGAAAACUUGAGGGAUCUUGUCGAAUCAGUGGGCGAAGCUUUUGAGGUAAGGUUGAUGAAAAAUAGGGAUACUGGUGAAGGUAAAGGUUCCGCUUUUGUAGCAUUCAAAGCAAAGGAUGUUGCCCAGAAGGCCAUUGAAGAGUUACAUAACAAAGAAUUCCAGGGGAGAUCAUUAAGGUGUUCACUAUCUGAAACUAAAUACAGAUUAUUUAUUGGUAAUGUCCCAAAGAGCUGGACUGAUGAUGAAUUUACGAAGGUCGUUGAGGAGACUGGUCCAGGAGCCGAAAGCACUGAGCUCAUUAAAGAUGCUCAAAAUCCAAGCCGUAAUCGUGGUUUUGCCUUUGUUGAGUAUUACAACAAUGCCUGUGCUGAUUACUCCCGGCAAAAAAUGUCAAGUGCAAAUUUUAAGCUGGAUGGCAAUACUCCGACUGUCACCUGGGCUGAUCCAAAGAGUACACCUGAUCAUUCUGCUGCUACUCAGUCUGCACUGCCUCAAGUCAAUGUAAGGUAUGAAACAGCCAACAAGAAACAAAAUGCAGAGAAAGCCGAUGUCAAGGCUCUUUAUGUGAAGAACAUACCUGAAAAUACAUCUCCUGAACAACUGAAGGAACUAUUCCAGCGUCAUGGGGAAGUCACAAAAGUUGUUAUGCCGCCAGCCAAAAGUGGUGGCAAACGGGACUUUGGAUUCGUUCAUUUUGCAGAAAGGUCUAUGGCAUUGAGAGCUGUCAAAGAUACAGAGAAAUAUGAAAUUGAUGGUCAGUUGUUGGAAGUAGUUCUUGCUAAGCCUCAGGCUGAUAGGAAGGUUGACGUGGCCAGUUCCCACAAUUCUGGGCCCCAUCCAAAUUAUAUUCCUCACCCUGGGUAUGGUGCUUUUCCUGGAAAUCCUUAUGGCCCUGCAGGGCCUAGAUAUGGUGUUGCUGGUGCAUUUCAGCAGCCUGUGAUAUAUGGGAGGGGACCAAUGCCCACAGGGAUGCAAAUGGUUCCGAUGGUUCUACCAGAUGGUCAAAUUGGCUAUGUUCUUCAGCAGCCUGGGGUCCAGAUACCACCUGCGCAUCCUCGGAGAAAUGAUCGAAGCAAGGGCACUGGUGGACCACAAGUGCGACGAGGGACUAGUAGUGGCAGUGAUGAAGCCAGCCGUAGCAGACGGUAUCAACCCUACUAG